UUGAAUAAAAUUGAAUUGAGCUAUGAAAAAUGUAAUGAGAAAAAAAAUCAUAGGUCAUGCAAUGCUCCAGGAUCAAUAAAUCUGGCAGAUACGUAAUCAAACAUGGUAUUGUAUUUGUUCAUGUUUAUUCAUUGAGUAAAUAUUGAUUCAAUCCAUAAUCGUCAGCAACCAAUGAUCAAUGUUGAUACACUGGAACAGUCCAAAUUUGUGAAGAUGGAUCCAUUAAUGUUGCAACAUGAUUUUCAUAUUCUCAAUAUCCAGUUAUCCUGGUAUUGCAGUGUCAUCUAUAGGUGAUACACGGUCAUGAAUGGGAAAAAAACUUGCAAAACUGGAUUGGCUAGCUGUUUAAUUAUGAUGACCGUCCAGUCAGAUUAACCUUGGUCGAUGUACAGACAAAACCGGAAUCAUUUUUCCAUUAGCAACAGAUCAAUGUACGGAUUUCAGGAAGCAUCAACAUUCUCAUUAACUCAAUGACCGAAGAAAUGAAUGCUUGGCAUAGUGAUUAAAGAUUUCAAUGUGAAAAUUUACCAUCAACAAUUUUUCAGAAAAUCAAACUUUAAAUAUCUUUUAAUUUUUCUUAUUUUAAUGAAUAAAAGAAUCUUCAAGACAAGUGACAUAACUCAUUACCAUUGCACUGUGCCGAGACGAUGGAUCGGACUAAUAAUACUGAAUCAUUGAUCACGAUGACAACAAAUAAUGGAUCCAAUGCUACUAAUGCCAUGAAGAUGAUGAUAACGAUCCAAGAAUUGAAUAAUAUUGGCUAUUUGGAUUUCAUACAAGAUUCCAUAAAUUAUUUUCAUAGAAAUCUAUAUUCAUUUCUAUAUAAAGAGUUCUUCACCGUUGUUGAAACGCGCGUACAACAACAAGAAAAACAAAAAAAUUAUUUCAGCCAAGAAUUCCAUAUCGAUUUAGCUGAAAUGUUGCGACAAAUAAAUCGAUUCGACGUUAUUUUUGUCAUCGGCUUGAGCAUCGCAUUGACAGUUGGACGUUAUUUAAUGACCAGAUAUGUAUUCAUGCCAGUCACCAGAAUAUAUGGAAUUGGAUCAACGGAUGCAUCAAAAAUACCGGAGAGUUCGUGGAAAUUAUUGUUUUAUCUUUUCACUUGGAUUACCAGUAGUUAUUAUAUAUUUGUUAAGAAUGGUGGACAAUUAUUUUACAAUCCGACCAAUUUUUGGGAUGAUUACUCAAUCAACAAUCCGGUCGAUUCAAUCACUUAUACAUUAUAUAUGGUUGAAUUCAGUUUUUAUCUCCAUUCACUUUACACGACAUUGAUGGUGGAUGAACGACGAAAAGAUACGAAUACCUUGAUGUUACAUCAUAUAAUCUGUGUUGCUCUAAUAUUCAUCUCAUAUUGUAACAAAAGUCAUAAAGCUGGCUUGGUCACUCUGUUUUUGCAUGAUGGUUGCGAUAUAUUAUUAGAGGCAACCAAAUUAAUCCGAUAUUUUAAAGUUCAACAUGGCCGAACAUAUCAAACGGCUGAGAUAUUUGUCAACAUUGGCUUUAUUGCUUUUCUGAUCACUUGGAUUACUAACCGAUUGUAUUGGUUUCCAAUUAAAGUCAUUUAUAUGGCUUCCAUUCAAUUGGAAAGACUACGGAUACGUGUACCGUUCAUGACAUUAUUGGUCAUCAUGCUUUGGAUCAUAUUAUUUAUGAAUUUCUAUUGGUUUUCGUUUGCCAUCCGUCUUCUUUACAAAGUUGCUACGGGACAAAUUGACGAACUGGAAGAUAGCCGAGAAUUUCAUCCUCAUCAUAAUCAUCAGCAAAAGAAAUCUAACGAAAAAGACAAAAAAGAGGAAUGCAGAAAAUUGAAUUUUGAUAGUGGUGUUUCUUUUCAAAAUGAUUUUUGCGAUUCUUUGACGCCUGAGAAAGCAAUCAAUGAGAAUGUACGAAUAAAUCAAAAAAAACCUGACCGACAGCAUAAUGAUUCGAAUGAAUCUCACAUCAGCAACAAUAUACAGCCAAGCUACAAUUUACGGCAACGAAAUCGUCAACGAUAAAAAACGAUCUACUAUUAAUUACAAUUUUAUUUGCUAGUAAAUCGAAAUUAUCAGUGCAAUAGAACUGAUUUUUGUUCUUAGAAACCAUCUUGAACAAGAUUAAUUUAGUUUUACAAUGAA